AUGUCUCUCCUUAGCUGGACGAAAGUGCCUCUUCGACUCCCAAGUCUGGCUCAUCGUUGCCUGACCAUCACCACCGUCUUCGCCCGUCAGAUCGACCAAGCCCACUGUAAUGACGAGCCAGAGGACCACACUAAGCCCACGACACCGAUGAACUCGACAGCUUAUAGCGAGUUUGGCAGGGGCGCGCAGGCCGCCUUCGGAGGCUUUUUUCUCGGUGUUGCCGCAACCCUGGCUACCCACGGCCUCGUGUUUACGUUCAAAUUGGUCUUCGACUUGGUUCGCUGGCGAUACCGAUACCUGCGCCAGCAACAUCAAGAGGGCUACUUGGCCGCCGGCCACACCUAG